GCCUGGAGUGGUUGUCUAGAGUCAGUGCGAGCACCCACCCCCCACAGUGUCCUCCACCACGAACCUGGGACGAGGGGGGUGGGGCACUGAGGGCUGAAGCAUCUAGAGGAUUUAGUUUUUAAUCUAGUAGUUAGCUUUCCUCUUCGUCUUACUCUUUGCUUUUCUCUUGACCGAUACUACGAGAGAUGAGAGUGCUGAAUGCGUCACGUCUACACAACUCACGGCCUGCUACUACUCCUCUUCAAGAUACAAUAGUCAGGGGCUACGACUGCAAACUUCUUUGCACUCAUACUCACGAUCAUAAGGAUAAGCAUAACUAGUUACUUAGUAGUUGUAACUACUAAACUAUGACGAUUGGAAUUGGUAGAGAGUGUCGCUGUAAUGUUACCGCUGGCUCUAACUCAUUGGCCCC